ACGGGGACAGAGACACGGGGACAGACACACGGAGACAGAGACACGGAGACAGACACACGGAGACAGAGACACGGACACAGACACACGAGGACAAGGACACACAUACGGAGACAGCGGGACACGAGGCUCCCAACAAGAUACUCCACUGGCUGAAUGGUGACUCCGCCGGGCUGGCGAGGAUGAAGCUGCCACUGCGUGUGGCCCUCGCGGGCUGCGUCCUCUUGCUGUGCGGGGUUCUCUACGCACUCGGGUGGACGUCUGCUCUGCUGUUCGAGUUCAGGGGUGGAGGAGGAGGUGGAGGUGGAGGAGGAGGUGGAGGAGGAGGUGGUGGGGCCCCGGUGCUCAGCCGCGAGCUUCACCUGCACGGUGCCCGCGCUCAGCCGCCGGCCUUCGGCGUGAGCGAGCGCCUGCGGCAGCAGCGGCGCAGGCUGCGCCGGGCCGAGACGAUGCACGUGGCCGUGGUGGCGUGCGGCCAGAGGGUGAACGAGACGCUCGUCAUGGCCAAGUCGGCCGUGCUCUUCAGCCGCAAGCACCUGCACUUCCACAUCUUCGCCGAGCGGCAGCUCCACCGCAGCUUCGCCGAAAGCCUUGACUCGUGGCCGGACGAGUAUCGGAAGAAGUACAACUUCUCCGUGUACCCCAUCACGUUUCCCAAGGAGUACGCCGAGGAGUGGCGGCAGCUCUUCAAGCCCUGUGCCUCCCAGCGCCUCUUCCUGCCGACUCUGCUGGCCGACGUGGACUCGCUCCUGUACGUGGACACGGACAUCCUGUUCCUGCGCGCCGUCGACGACCUGUGGGCGAUGCUGCGGACGUUCACCGCGGUGCAGGCGGCCGCCGUCGCCCCCGAGCACGAGGAGCCGCGCGUCGGCUGGUACAGCCGCUUCGCCCGGCACCCCUACUACGGCGCGACGGGCAUCAACUCCGGCGUGAUGCUGUUCAACCUCACGCGCGUGCGAGCGGCCACGUACAAGAAUGACAUGAGCCCUGUGCAGCUGCAGUGGGAGGAGAUGCUGCUGCCGCUGUACAAGAAGUACAAACUGAACAUCACCUGGGGGGACCAGGAUCUCCUCAACAUCAUCUUCCACCACAACCCCGAAAUGCUCCACGUGUUCCCGUGCGAGUGGAACUACCGUCCGGACCACUGCAUGUACGGCAGCAACUGCAGGAGCGCCGACACGCACGGAGUCUUCGUCCUCCACGGGAACCGCGGAGUCUACCACGACGACAGGCAGCCGGCCUUCCGCGCCGUGUACGACGCCAUCCACAACUUCCCCUUUGACGAGAACCUCUUCCAGUCUCUGCUUUAUCCCCUGGAGCGCCAGCUGCUCGCCACGGUGCACACUCACUGCGGACGCUCCUCCCACCUCUUCACGCGCCAGCUGCAGCGCACCAUGCGGGCGGUGUACGACAAGAUGGGGCUCGCCUCCUAGGGGGCGCCAGCAAGGAGACGCGCCCCCAAUGACACGUUCUGUUAGGCGCCGUGCGUGUGUGUGUGUGCUGUUGGUGUGUGUGUGGUGUGUGUGUGUGCUGUUGGUGGUGUGUGUGUGUGUGUUGU